AUGUACCAGACCUCGUACCAGAGGCAACACCUUAAAUCCCCAUCUCAUGAAGCUAAAAUUUUAGGUUUUCCUAGGACUUUAGUUCAGGCUGAAACCCUGGACAAAAUCUGUGACCUGGAUCUAGUGAUCACUUUGAACAUUCCAUUUGAAACACUUAAAGAUCGUCUCAGCCGGCGCUGGAUUCAUCCUCCCAGUGGAAGAGUAUAUAACCUGGACUUCAACCCACCUCAUGUGCAUGGGAUUGAUGACAUCACCGGUGAACCAUUAAUUCAGCAGGAGGAUGAUAAACCUGAAGCAGUUGCUGCCAGAUUAAGACAGUACAAGGAUGUGGCAAAGCCAGUCAUUGAAUUAUACAAGAGCCGAGGAGUGCUCCACCAGUUUUCUGGUACGGAGACCAACAAAAUCUGGCCGUAUGUUUACACGCUUUUCUCAAACAAGAUCACGCCUAUUCAGUCCAAAGAAGCAUACUGAGCCGGCCCAGCAGAAGAACCAGGAAGAUGCCAUUCACUCAAUUGUACGUGUAGUAUCGGUGCCAUGUCCCAAUUAGAAGCUCUCACUAGCUGCAGUAGCGUGAAGUGGUCUUUUCUAGUUUAAAUGAUGAACUGAUAUGAAAACUAAUGAGUAGAAAGAGUUGAUGAAGAGACUCUUCUGUCUUUCAAAAGAAGGACCACCUACACAUGUUUAAGAUUUCUCUGCACGUGUGUGAAGCCCUUCUCAGGAAAGCGACACCUGGCUGGAUUUCAGACAACAUAUAACCCAAGCUCUAGCUGAGUUUUGACUUCCAGGGCAUGCUUUUUAUGCAUGAUGGUGGUGGUACCUGAUUCCCCCCAUCUCCCAAAGGCUGUUGAACCUCAGCACCAGAAAGCUGAGAGUCCCAAGGCUGUUGCUUGGGCCUGUCCCAGUUUCUCCAGUAUGUGUCCCCUUGGUGACCAUGAGAUUGAAGCCAGUUGCUCUCAGUGGUUGCAUCUCUGGCCGUGAGUGGCUGUGUCCACAAUUCAUGAUUUCUAUUCUGUAUCCACAUUCCACAGAAUCUCUCCUUUAUGAAAGAAUUUGGCUUGUAGACUGUAUUUUUUUAAAAAUGUUUUUUCCCUCCUGGGCUAUUAAAUAAAGUAGCUAUUUCUGAAAGAAGGUAAGAACUAAGGGGUGAUAUGGAAUCUCUUCAUGCACCAGAAACUGAGCUCUGUGGAGGGUCUCACCUUAACUGCUUGUUUGAUGCACAGUUAACCCCGCUCUUUUUUUUUUUUUUUUUUUGGUGGAAAAAUAAAAUCCCCAAUGUCUUUUGGUCAUCCUCAAAAAAAAAAAAAUUGAAAAAUUAUCAACUAUAUAAGUAUUAAAAGGUCAUAUUUUAUGCAUAGAAAUAACAAGACUGAAUGGAAUUAACUGGAGUGUAAGAAUAGUUGUGCUUUUUACUCAAGAUAAAAAGAUGUUUUGAAAAUGCUGCUACGUAUUGAUGCUGACAGUGUUUAUCUCCUGUAAGUGACCCAAAGCAUAUUAGGGAAUGAAGCCUGUGGGGUAGAGGGAAAUGCUGCACUAACUGUGCCUCAUCUGAGUAUGACAGCUUUACAAUUAUGGGAAAACAAGAUUCUUUUUUCUAUUCCAAAGAUGCUUUCUAUAGGGUGGUCAUUACGUCUAAAGAUUUAGAUAAUACUAUCUUGUCACUCAUUGUAAUAUAUUACCAAUAAACCAUGUACUAAGGGUUUACCUGAUUUCAGACUUGGUGGCCACUUUGCAUAAUUUUGCUUUCCUCUGGGACAGACAAUGAAAUUUAUUCCAGUUGCCUUAAAAAUAAAUAUUCCUCUUCAUGCAUCCCAACUGUCCCCAGGAAGAGUCCUUUGCUAUUCCUGGUAGUGACUUCUGCCUAACCGUAUUGGGUGACAAAAAGGAGGUUGAUUUCAGUAUUUUAGUGGCGAUGAAACAAUGUAUUUUAUUUUUGCAGUUGUGCUAGUGAAUCUCCAGUCAAUUCACUGGCAUGUGCAUUCUGUUGUAGCAAGUGCAUCUCCUUAUAGAUAGUGCCCCAAAUCUUGCCAGUUCCUCCUCCUUUGCCCCUUCACAUGAAUGUUCUUUGACUACUUUAGUGAAAACAUAUAGGACAGUCUCCUCUUCAUCCUCUGAAUCGCAGCACAAUAUAAGACGUUUACUGUUUAGGUUUGUGCAGUUGAAAUGCCAAGUCAGUCGAUGACACAUCAGUGAAUGGUGCCACCUUCUGAGUGCUUUACAGGAGUCCUGCUUGAAUGCCAGUUGAUGGAGAUAGAGUGAAAAUCAGGUGUGUGGACACAGCUCAGGUUUUCUAGGGAAACAGGUAUAAUGCUAGGAGAAUCGUACAGUAUAGAGUAGUACUCUUAGGGUGACAAUUUCCAUAAGCUAGCAAGGUAAGGUUGUGUCUGCAUCAUUCAGAAGAAAAAAAAAAAAAAGAUGUGCUUUUGGGGGAAAAAAAUCUUCAAACCUCUUUGUUCACUUUCCUGAGUGUAUAACAGAUGUUCCACUGUAAUCACUGCCUCCUGGGGCUUUGGGGGUAAGGUUUGGGAAAUGGUAAAUGGCCUGAAUCCAAGUCCCUGCCUAACCUCUUCAUUCUUCCCUUUCUUUUCCCUUCUAGCAAAAUAGACAGUUAUGGCCGACACCAGAGUCACUCAGCAUGUCUCACCGGUUUACUUUACCCAAUAGUUGAGAGUCCUUUGUUAGAUGACACCAUUAAGAAACAAAACACCUUUCCUGUGAUCUUUGAGGAUGAUGCUUGUCUCAUUUUCUGUGGCUUAAAAAGAUCUAUUUCUAAUGGUUUUCUUUAGCAAACUCCAAUUUUCCCUUCAAUGAUUUUGUUUUCUUGAAAAAUUUUGACAAAAGUAAAAUUAAAAAGACCUUUCUUUUCUUCUAGAACCCCACAUGUGGUUCCUUCAGUUAGUUACACAACAAAAAUCGUUUGGGUGAUCUCUUAGAUUCCAGUCUGUCCUCAUGUUCUGUGAUUAUUGCCAGCUCUGAAUUCAUUUUAUUUUCUAUUAUCCUAGCAGGAGUCCCACUAACUUAGAAUUUGAAACCAUAGCUGUGUUUAAUACCCUGUAACACGAUAAAGACUUAAAAUCAGUCCUAUUCAUUGAAGGCCGACUGAAUGAUGUGCAGUUUUAGAACAAUUCUAAGCAUUUAUUCUUUCAAACAUCCUUCGAGAUUGGCAUGAUUCCAUAUUUAUAAACAAAGAAGCCUGGGUCAGAAACUAAAGCAUCUUGCCCAGGUGCCUACUGCCAAUCAGCAGGGAAACCAGGACUAGUCCAGGUCUUCCUGACUCUGCAAGCUGUGUUUGCGUGGAAGUUAACUCUCUAUGUCCUAUGCCAGGCAACCCAGGGCAGGUGCCCGCUGGGCUUGGCUUGAAUAUCUGAGUGGCCUCACAUCAAAAGUAGCUGAGUUCACCAUGGGGACAUCCAGCCCUGUAUGAAACUCCCAUUUCCUUUUGCUUAAGCAAAGGAAGCUGCUAGAGGAGCCAUCUGAGCCCUAGAUCCUCCUCUGCAACUAUCAUUUAAAAUAAAAUGAAAGUUCUCAAAAUAGGCUGGACUUGGAUUCAGGCUCACCAGUGGCAGAAGUAAGCUCAUGUUUGUCACCUGGGUGUCCAUGGUAUUGCACCCUGAAAGGACUUUUCCCCUUGACUUCCACCAGCCGGGAUGCUCACACAUAGGCCUGGGCUCCUGAGAGCUUUCCAAACACUGUUCACUUUUCUUCUCUGAGAUCAGAACAAUUUGUUCCCCCUCUCCCACUCCCGAACAUAAUAAAUGGCUCUCAUCAUGAAUUGGUCCUCUGUAAUAGGUGAACAAAUGAGAUUGAGCACCUAAUACAGGAUAAGCUGUGACUUGUGUCCCAGCUCCCUAAAUGAGUGCCAAUUCAGGCCUGUCCACCACGUGAUAGGGUGGCACUGCUUUUGUCGCCAUAUCGUUCUGACUGCAGCUGAUCUUCCUAUCUGAUCCUCCUUCCCCAGUGUAUACCCUUCUGUCCACCAUAAUGCAGCAGUUACAUUCUCAUGAGCUUCUACCUCUCCCACUGGGAGGAAAGGUAAAAAGUAAGAGUCAUGGGUGAGGGGAGUUUUUGGAGAGAGGUACUACUGUGGCUUCUCCUGCCAUGUUAUACAAUAUUGACACAAGACGAUUUUAAAUAGAAAGACACUUGGGUAAACCCACAGAUAGGAAUUUUAUAAAAUUUGUUUCCCUGGAGCCUAAGUUUAAUAUUUAACAUCAAAUAUUUCACUGUCUAAAGAGUUUCCAACCUUCUGGGGAUCUUCACUCAGAUCACAAAGACCACAUGUUUCUACAUGUAUUAAGAUACAGGCACUCUUGGUAGUAAUUGUUUACUGGUACUUCAUGCUGAGCACAUUACAUGCAUUGUCUAAUUCAAUCCUGAGCAAUUAGCCUAUGUAAUAUUAUCUCAAUGAUCUGCCUUCCUUGUAUUUAAAAACUGAAAUAAUCCCAUUUACUGAAACUUGUUUUUUCAUGUACCUACAGGGAUUAGUCAGGAUAUUCAAAAGGGCCUUUGCUGUACCUUUUCUUAGUUUGAGUUCCCCAUUCUGUCAGCAGGAAGGACCAUGUGUCUGCCCCCUACCUGAAACCUUUGCUUUUGGCACUCUCAUGCUGACACAGGAACUGGGCACUUGGUGGGUGUGGGUGGUAGUUGCACACUGAAUAUACAGAGGCCACCAGUCUCUUCUGUCCUCAGGUUGGGUAAUGGGAUUUCGGGAGGCAUUUCAUCUACCUGAUGAAUUUCAUGUAUUAGUUUUCACUGAACAGACACCAUCGUUUCUUGUUAGAGUUAAUUUUGCCAGAAAGGUCAUUCGCAAGACAGAGUUGUGUUUAUAGUAUGAAAUGCUUUUUCUCUAUUCCCCUCUAUUUGUAGUAAUUCUUUUAUACAUUUGGUGUCUGAAAAGGACCCAGUAAUAAUAGAUAAUUCUUUUCACAUAGGAAUGUGGCCUGGUUGUAAGUUAUCAUCCCUUUCCUUUUAUAACUGACCCAGUCUGGUUUCCAGAUGAGAAAUGUGCAAAACCCAGAUGUUGGGGAGACCUGAAACCACAUUUCAACUCUGAAGAAAAAUCUGUUUCCUGCAUCUGUUGAGACAUAAGUACAGUUUAUAUGCCAUACCUUAUCUUUUAACAAAUGGUAGGAUUCAUUGACAAAAUAGAUGCCAUUAUCUAAAUACUUCAGGGAAUCCCCCAAUUUGAAGAGAGAGAGAGAGCAGAGAAACAUUUUUGAAAGGGAGAAAGGUCCUGUAUGUGUCGAAAUACAUUCCUUCCUUGGUAAUAACUAGGACACCCAGUGUCAUUCUUGAAAUAAAAGGUUUCCUCCUUAAAACUUUUCAAAGGAGCAGCACACUUGUGAAGAUUCUCCCAAGGUCUGGUGUGUGUCUAAUUUCAUUUUAAAAAACCUUUCUUCAUUUUCAAGUUUUGGCUGUAAAUUUAGAAAUGUACCAAAUGAUAGCAAACUUUUUUGGUAUUUAAUAUAGAGAAGAGUGAAAAGGCAAAGUGAAAACAAUCUUUAAGUUCCAAGGAGUCAGGGCUUAGAGGACUUUUCUAGUUUUAUGAGAAUUUGUACUACUGAUUUUUAUAUAUUGUUGAGAUGAACAGAUCUUGGGAAAUGUUGAGUUACAAUGGCAUUUCACUGUGAUUCCCCUUAAGCUCAAAUCUGUUCUCUAACCUGAUGUCUCUUUGGUUUACUGUCCUGUGAAGUGUCAGCUCUAGUUUUCCAGAAUUGUGUGUUUACAAUGAAUCAGUGCUUUUCUUUAGUGUGAAAGUUGUCAGCCCUCUUGAUUUUGGUGUACACACUUAAUUCAAAGUAUCAAAAACUGUAGUCUGAUCUGUUAUAUGUUUUCCUCUUAAGUGUUUCAUCUAUUAUUUUAUCUUGCUUGAAGAUUGAGUCAUACUUUUUAAUUUGAUGGAAAUAAAGUCUUUUUCUGCUUCUAACUAGUGAGUUCAUUUUAGCAUUGUAUAUAUUUUUUACUCUUGUCAAGCAUACAACCUUACAGAUACUGCGUUUAUUCCUCCCUGUAACCAUUAUACUGUCAAUGGUUUAUCUCCAACUCACAGCCGGCCAUGGGGGUGGAACAGAGAGCAUGGUGUUGCCUGGAUAGAUAAGGGGACAGUUGGUUUCAGAGCAAGAUCCUGAUCCCAGGA